GGCGGCUCCGCCCUCUGUCCGCCCGCGGCCCGGCGGGGCUCUGCCUCACUCGCUAGCGACUCGGGGCCGACAGCAGCACGAGAAGCAGUCGGGCGGCAGGAUGAGUGCAGGCUCAGACCCCGUGGUCAUCGUCUCGGCGGCGCGGACCAUCAUUGGCUCCUUCAAUGGUGCCUUGUCCACCGUGCCCGUCCAUGACUUGGGCUCGACUGUCAUCAAAGAAGUCCUGAAGAGGGCCGCCGUGGCCCCUGAAGACGUGUCAGAGGUCAUCUUUGGACACGUUUUGGCAGCAGGUUGCGGGCAGAAUCCUGUUCGACAAGCCAGUAUGGGUGCAGGGAUCCCCUACUCUGUUCCAGCUUGGAGCUGCCAAAUGAUCUGUGGGUCAGGCCUGAAAGCUGUGUGCCUUGCAGCCCAGUCGAUAGCGAUCGGAGACUCCAGCAUUGUGGUUGCAGGAGGCAUGGAAAGUAUGAGCAAGGCUCCUCACUUGGUUCACUUGAGGACAGGAGUCAAGAUGGGAGAAACGCCACUGACUGACAGUAUCCUCUGCGACGGGCUUACAGAUGCAUUUCACAACUAUCAUAUGGGCAUUACAGCUGAAAAUGUAGCCAAAAAAUGGCAAGUGAGUAGAGAAGAACAGGACAAGCUUGCAGUUCUGUCCCAGAACAGGACAGAGAAUGCACAGAAAGCCGGCCAUUUUGACAAAGAGAUUGUACCAGUUUUUGUAUCUUCCAGAAAAGGUCGUAUUGAAGUUAAAACAGAUGAGUUUCCUCGCCAUGGGAGCAACCUAGAAGCUGUGUCUAAGAUGAAGCCUUACUUUCUCACCGAUGGCACAGGAACAGUCACUGCAGCUAAUGCUUCAGGAAUAAAUGAUGGUGCUGCAGCUGUGGUUCUUAUGAAGAAGUCUGAAGCUGAUAAUCGUGGGCUUACCCCUUUAGCACAGAUAGUUUCCUGGUCACAAGCAGGCGUGGAGCCUUCCAUUAUGGGAAUAGGACCAAUUCCAGCAAUAAAGCAAGCUGUCGCAAAAGCAGGCUGGUCACUGGAGGAUGUUGACGUAUUCGAAAUCAAUGAAGCCUUUGCAGCCCUCUCCAUUGCGAUAGCUAAAGAACUGGGAUUAAACCCAGAGAAGGUCAACGUUGAAGGAGGGGCUAUAGCCUUGGGCCAUCCUCUUGGAGCAUCUGGCUGUCGGAUUCUUGUUACUCUGUUACACACACUGGAGAGACAGGGCGGCCAUCGUGGUGUUGCUGCCCUCUGCAUUGGGGGUGGGAUGGGAAUAGCAAUGUGUGUUCAGAGAGGAUGAAAUUGCUUAAAUGUCAUGCUUAAACUAACCUUGAACCUUAUUUGUUUUUAAACAAGAUACUAAGCUAUAAUAUGUGAAGUCAGAGGACCAAAGUGAGGACGGAAACCAUCUCCCACCUCACAAGAACCCAGGCUUGACAGCUUGUUGUACUUUAAUUAUGUAAUACUCGAGGUACAAGACAAUUGCAUCUAACAUUGUUAUAAAUAAAAGAGAAUCAGAUCAGCCA